CCUCUCGGGAACCGUAGUUUGGCCGGCUAUACCUGCUGCACAUGGACCCUGAAGGCUGUGAAGUACCAGCAACAAACGAGUUAGCCACCACCCUAGAAAUUCGGACCGACCACUAGGAUGAGUGACAGUGACGAUGAUGUCCCUCAACUGUCCGCGGCGGCUUUGGCUGCCUUGCAAGAGUUCUACGACGAGGAAAAGAACGGUCUAGCCCACAGCACGGUGCCGGUGGACAAGUAUUCAGUUGGAGCUGUGGAGGAGGACUGGGGGAUGAGCCAGUUCUGGUACAGUGAUGACACGGCCACACGGCUGGCAGAGGAGCUCAUUCACGAGGCAGGAGAGGGCGGCAGGAUAGCCUGUCUGAGUGCUCCGAGUGUUUACCAGAAACUCAAGCAAGGUGUGGUGGCAGGCUCCGACCACGUGACGGCCGUGGUGAUGGAGUACGACCGGCGCUUCUCCGCCUACGGACAAGACUUCAUCUACUACGACUACAACAACCCUCUCUCCCUGCCGGAGGAAGUGACGCGGCAGAGCUUCGACAUUGUCCUGGCGGACCCCCCCUACCUGUCCCUGGAGUGCCUCAGCAAGGUGGCAGAGACCAUCCAGUACCUCAGCAAGGGCAAGGUGCUGCUCUGCACAGGAGCCAUCAUGGAGGAGCCUGCGGACCAGCUUCUGGGGCUGAAGAUGUGCAGCUUCCUCCCCAAACACAACAAGAACCUGGCCAACGAGUUCCGCUGCUACGUCAACUACCCCUCCCGCCUGUCCUGAGGGAGCGCUCUGUGGGGGGGUAACAGCGCCCCCUGGUGGCCUAGAGGGAACACAUCUAGCCCCCUCAGCAGAGAUGCACGCUCUCCUAAUGGGGAUGUCUGACAGACAAACAGACAUGUACAUCCCUGAUCGGUGACUGGUGAUUUCUGUUUCACUGACGUUAGAAGCACAUCCGGCUGGAAUCAGGUCUCAUGUUGAUGACCUAAAUGAUUCACUGUCAUGGUGCCUGCGUUCCACUUUUAAAGACUUACGACUUUUUACAAAUAAUUUCAUAUAGAACAUCAUUAUGCAGUGCCAUGAUAAAAGAAGCUAUUCAUGUUUGAAUUUGUAAAUAUUUCAUAUCACAGUAAAUAAAGACUUAACAAUG